AUGUCCCGCCUGUUCCUCGAGCAGUGCCCCCGAAGACACCUCGUCAUAAACAUGGAUAUCAAUAAAACUAUUAUUCAGGUGGACUCUGCAGGGGGGCGAACAAUGGAGGAUGUUAUGAAUAGUAAUGUUGCUGCAAACGUAUGGGGGCGCGUCUCUGGUGAGGGCUGGACCGCUGUUUUGGGCCCUGGUCAGGCCGGUGAUCGUACCGGGUUGGUCACGUACGACCAGUACAUUGAUGAAAAAUUCAAGGAACCUCCAGGGAUGCAAGAUCUUUCUCGAGCUGAGAAAAAUCGGUUGUGGCAGGAUGUCUCGGCAAAGAGAAGAUCCAUUCUUAGUGCCUUUACACGCCCCGGGCAACCGGGCGAAGGUUUUAAACGAUAUGUUGAUGAACAAAGGACAGUCCUGACCGCAACACCCGACCAGCUUAUCAUUCCGUCCUUUUUUGAAUUUAUUAACACCCUUUCUGAACUCAGCUGGCCAUUUACGCUUCUGUUCAGGACAUUUGGGACCGAGCUGGGGAGUGUCCUCCAAGAGUGGAGGGAGUUUGUUCAAGGCAAACACAAGCACUUACCGCGGGGACCGAUGCUUCAGCGCUUGAAGGAGGCAUAUGUUCCUGAAGUGACGGGGUGCAUAUUCCGCGAUGAGGAUGAUCUUUUCCUUUGCUACGGCCCCAACACCGCUGCGGUGGUGGUCUAUCCUGAGGACACGGGGACACUUUCUCCCUCGGAUGCGAUGAAGCAGUUACGACAAAUGCCGUCAUGUACCGCUGUCUACCAAACGAACUUCUCCGCCCUCGAAGAACAACUGGUGGAGUACGCCAGUAAGUCUAAUGGCGUGGCGGGGAUUGUUGAUUAUUAUCCGUAUUGGGCACAGAAAGCGGAAAGCCGCUGUGGCGGGAAGGUGUUUCCGGUUGCUACAAUACCAGAACCGACGCCUGAUAAAGCGCGCCUUUACGUGUUUUUUGACGACAACAUAUCGAUUGGAGAGGACAAAUCUAUUGUGGACUUGAGGGAUGCUCAAACAGGGAAAAGCAUACUGGACAAGGAUGUUGAAGUGAGGUACACUGUGGCUGUGAAUCCAUAUGAGGCUAUAGUUAACAGUGAGUAUUUCGUGGACCGUCUGGCACAGGUGAUUCAACUGCAGUUGGGCUCUGGUUGUUCCCCCGACUUUUAA